AGCUCACAAAAAACAAAACCUUCAAACAAAGCAACAAAGAAAGCAAAACAAAUCAAUCAAUCAAUCAACAAUGAGCAACAACAACACAGCAGUAAGCAUGGGAGCCCCAGUGGACACUGUGAAGUCAACGAAACAAGGCCACUCUUUCUUGGGUUGUCUUUGUGACAUGAGAAGGGCAGUCAUCAUCCUCAACACACUUGGCACGAUUGCAGGCAUCAUUGGCCUUGUAGCUGCAAUUAUCUUUGACAAAUAUGGAACAGAAGAGGAUAGGAAGGCGUUGAUGCUUGAUGGCUAUGAUCUUGGUGCUCUUAUUGCUAUCUACAGCGCCGUCAUUGUUUGUCACCUCUGUGGAAUCCUGGGUGCUGUGACAUUCACCAUUUGCCCUAUUUUGAUCACCAUCCUUAUGAACAUUGCAUAUGCUGUCCUUGCUGGCUUGGACAAGAACUGGAUUGGUCUUGGUGUCUACAUCUUCCUCCUGUAUCCCCAUGUCUUCCUUUGCAAUGAGCUUGCCAGGGGCAUCAUGACCAGAGAGAAUUACCGCAGCCAAGAGCGUCAGUCUUGUUGCUGUGUAUAGAACAGAACAGGAAACGAACAGUGAAGGAGGCAUUGACCGGUGUGCAAUUCAAUAGAACUGAAACAUGAUAAACAUUAGAGAAGACAUAUUUAGACAAGC